AUGUGCCCAAAGUCCCACAGGAAAAGGAAAACAACCAUCAGUGGAACCAAGAAGAAACCCAGCAAUGGAACGUCCGCCAGGGACUCCGAGGACGACGAGGAGAAAGAACAACGGGUAGACUUGGAGCUCAUUGAGGAGCUUCCUCCUAACUCCCCACCCGACGCCGUCCUGGCCAACUCCCUCGUUGCUGUGGCCAACCUCAGGCUCUGUCCCAGCCUGUCACCCAGAUCCUGCAGCCAGCCCAGCUCAGGGAGCAGUGGGGACAGGUCAUCUCAUCCUGUCAAACCAAGCAACAUGGGUCCCAUUGAGGCUCAGAUGGAAGAGCCCAUGCACCUCCUGGAGGACGGCCCUGCUCACGCCGCCCGCGGAAAGCCCCCGCUUGGCACCGCUGCCUCGCCCUGGUCCCUCCCCCGGGGCGGAGGCGGCUGCCAGGAUAUCUCCGCCGGCCCCGGGAGUCCCGCACUCGCUGCCGCGCGACGGGACGGGAGGAUGCGCUGCGCCUUGCUCCUCCUCCGCCUGCUGGGCGGCUUCCCUGAGCUGUUGGCUGCUGCCGCCCGGGAUGCAGUUGGCUGUGGAGUCCCAACGAGGUUAAGCUUUGCUGAGCUGAGGAAUGAGUAUAAAAAUCAGAAUUACUUUCCCGUUUGGAAUAUUGCAAAAUACACUUGUCGGCCUGGAUAUGGAAGAGACCCACAGCUACAACCCACUAUUACAUGCCUUGAAAAUGGAAGGUGGUCAGAAGCAUUCGAGUUCUGUAAAAAGAAAUCGUGUGGUCAUCCCGGAGAGCCGGAGAAUGGCAGAGUUAUUAUAACAGAUGUCCUGUUUGGGUCAACCGUCAACUUCACCUGUGAAGAAGGGCACCGGUUGAUUGGACAGCCUUACAGACGAUGUGAGAUUUCUGGCCUGCGUGUUGCAUGGACUGGUGAAGUUCCCAUUUGUGAGCGUAUUCCGUGUCUUCCACCUCCUGACAUUCCCAAUGGAAGGCACACUGGGGUGAUAAUGGAUGACUUCUCUUAUGGGUCAUCUGUAACCUACAAAUGUGACAGUGGUUUCCCGCCCACUGGAGAGGCCUCUAUUCACUGCACAACCAAGGACGGGCUAAACGGAGAGUGGAGUGCGCGUCCCCCUCGGUGUGGAGAGGUUAGUUGCCCAGCCCCACAGAUCCAGAAUGGAAGAAGAGUAUCUGGUGACAGACAUGUCUAUUGGUAUAAAGACAGUGUUACCUUUGAGUGCGAUCCCGGCUACACCAUGAAGGGUCACAGUCUGAGUCAGUGCCAAAUUGAUGACACGUGGGAUCCACCUUUGCCCGUCUGUGAGCCAGUGCUGCAGUGUCCCUCUCCUCCAGCCAUUGCCAACGGGAAGCCCAGUGGCUGGGACUUGGCAGUGUUCACCACUGGAAUGUCUGCAAAUUACAGCUGUGAGACCGGCUACUCCCUAACUGGGCAGGCAUCUAUUUAUUGUACGGUAUCCGGAACUUGGAGCCCUCUCCCCCCUCGGUGUGAAGAGGUUCUCUGCGUCGCCCCAGAAAUCCAACAUGGAAGAAAAGUAGCUGCACGUGGACCUGUCUAUAGACCCAGGGACACAGUUAGGUUUCAGUGUGAUCCUGGCUACACCCUGAAUGGCAGCCGUCAGAUUCAGUGCCAAGAUGAUAGAACGUGGGCUCCUCCAGUUCCAGUCUGCAUACAGGCGUUGCCGUGUCCCCCACCUCCGGUCAUUGUCAAAGGGAAGCACAAUGCCAAGCCAUUGGCAGCUUUCCCCAGUGGAACAUACGUGAACUACAGCUGUGAACCUGGCUACGCGCUCCAUGGAGAGGCUUCGAUCUAUUGUACCACAUCUGGAACUUGGAGCCACCCUUCUCCUCUAUGUGAAGAGAUCAGAUGUGCAUUCCCAGAAGUUCAAGGUGGCAAGAAGGCAGUAGCAGGAACUACAUAUCGAUUUGGAACGAAUGUUACUCUGGAAUGUGACAACGGUUAUGUGCUGGAAGGCAGCAGUCUGAUACAGUGCCAACAUGACUUUACCUGGGAUCCUCCUGUACCAGUCUGUAGAUCCAGUUCCUAUAACUUCAUCUCAGUAGUCCUCGGGAUCGUAGGUGGCGUACUGCUGCUUCUCCUGGUUACCAUCAUUAUCUGGAGGAUUAUGUCUAAGCAGAAUGCAGGCUAUUACUAUACACAUGAAAACAACAAGAACCAGAUGCCUUUAGCCCACAUAACUGAACAAAAAAUUUCAUUUGCACCAUAGCAGGCAGGAAACCACUUCUCGUCACGGUCAAGGAUUUUUGCCUGAAGAACAUGGAAGCAUUUCCUUCACUUUCUUUGUGGGUAGUUUACCUUCUUGCAACAAAGUUCCCUAGGGCCGGGGUGAAAGUAACUUACAGGACUUACUGGU